CUCACAAUGUAAGAGUACCCAGCACCAUUUUAUUUACAAAAUUCUUUGUCUCUGCUUAACUUUAUAUGCAUUGUUUAUAAUUGAAUCACACGGUGAAGAGAUGGGUUUAUUUUUUCGUCUUGCAGCUUUCGUUGCAUUAUUAGGAUUGACAUUUCCUUUGCUGAGGAAAUAUAUUGCUGGUGGAGUAUGUACAAGUAAGGCAACAAUGAAAGGAAAAACUGUUAUUAUAACAGGAGCAAACGCAGGAAUUGGUAAAUCGACUGCGAUUGAUCUUGCUUCACGUGGGGCAAGAAUUAUCAUGGCGUGUCGAAGUCUAGAGAGAGGUCAAGCUGCCUUGAAUGAUAUUGUAAAACAAACUGGUAAUAAUGAUAUAAUAUUGAAGCAUUUGGAUCUCUCUUCCUUCAAGUCAGUGAGAAAAUUUGCUGAAGAAAUAUACAGCAGUGAAGAGAAAAUCGAUGUUUUGAUAAAUAAUGCUGGAACAGUUAGUACAGUUGAGAGAAAACUCAGUGAAGAUGGUCUUGAAUUAACAAUGGCAGUGAAUCAUUUUGGACAUUUCCUGUUGACAAAUUUACUUCUAGAUCUACUUCGUCGUUCAGCUCCUUCUCGUAUCGUUGUCGUAUCUUCAUCGUAUCAUUAUUCCUUUAUUACUACACGAUCAUUGAUAAAAUUGGAUGAUUUGCAAUUUGAAAAAUCCUAUACAAACUUGGAAGCCUAUGGACAAAGCAAACUUGCUAAUAUUUUAUUUACUCGUGAAUUGGCUAAACGUUUAAAGGGAACUGGUGUUAUUGCAAACUCCCUUCAUCCUGGUGUUUUUAGCACUGAAAUUGGUCGCGAUGCAUUUCCACAGAACUUUAAUAAAUUUGUAAAAUUUAUUUCACAUGUAGUAAUGAAGACGCUUGAGGAGGGAGCGCAGACAACAAUACACCUUGCUGUGUCUGAAGACGUAGAAAAUGUUACUGGAAAGUAUUUUGUGGAUUGUGAAGAGACAAAACCAGCUCAUACAGCAGAAGACGAUGAUGGAGCUAAACGACUGUGGGAACUUAGCGAAAAAAUUGUUCAACUAUCUACACAAGAAUAAAACAAUCUUAUUUCAAAACAAAAGCUGCAAUGCUCAUCAAUUUACAAUGUUAGUUUAUUUGGUUAGCUUAAUAGAAUGUAACAUGAUAUCUCUACAGAUAGCAGGUUUCACGGCUCUUCAGAUAUGACAUUCACAAAUGAAGAGUUUAAAACAUAUAAUUUUUCUGCUUGAUAUAUGAUCUCUUUAAAAAAACCCGCACUGUACCACCGUA